CCGACCGCCACCUUCCUUCUGCCUUUCGCUCUAGACCUCUACACGAUCACCCUGUUGCUAUAGUUGUCCCAGAACAUGGGCAGCUUGUCCGCAGCGGCUGAAUUCGCCGAUAAGUUCUUCGGCGGCCUCUUAGUUGAGGUGCUCAUUGCCUGCGUUCUAUAUGGCGUCACAACUUUGCAAACCUUCAUCUACUUUCAAAAGUACCCGAACGACUCACCGUACGUGAAGUUGUUUGUCGCCGCCGUAUGGAUCCUGGAGACCGUGCACACGGCCUUCUGCAUUCAUGUUGUGUACGGAUACCUCAUCCUGAACUUCGCUGACGUGGAGAAUUUCGGUAAAAUCUACUGGAGCAUCGGAAUCACUGUGAUGACCGAAGUCGUCCUGUCCACCAUGGUGCAAUCGUUCUACGUACGCCGAGUCUGGAUCAUGAGCAACUCCCGAAGGCUGCUCACGGGCGGUAUCGCGUUUUGCGUGGUCUGCAGAAUUGCAUUUGGUAUCGGAUCUACUGUUCUGAGCUACCGCUUCCGCGAAUGGUCUGCCUUUAGGGCCCAAAAGUCGUCUCUGGUCACGGUCAGUGGGGGGCUUGGUGCUGCCGCGCUCGUGGACGUUCUGGUUGCCUUGACCCUCUCGUGGUAUCUCUCGCGCGGGCGCAGCGACUUCCCGCAGGUUUCGAAGAGCAGGGUCAACUUGAUCAUGUUGUACGCGGUCAACUCAGGAGCGAUCACUGCUGCCGCGUCCGUGCUCUCAGUCAUACUGUAUGCGACGCAAUCCAAAAGCUUGGUCUUCUUGGGCAUUGUCGAGAUCCAAGGAAAGCUUUACGCGAACUCGUUCCUUGGGAGCUUGAACGCUCGCGCCCACAUCAGGAGCAAGAACAACCCGGUUCAGUACCCCAGUUUCGAGUCGUACAGCAACAACGGGUUCCGUGCCCCACCAGUCCCCAAGGUCGAGGUGUUCCAGCAGACGAUGGUGACCACUGAUCUUGGCCUACAUAACGUCGGGCACGAAUUGGAGAAUGUGAGCGCCACCCCCCGUAGUCGGAGUAGCUCUGUAAGUCGGUUGCUGAGGACGCAGAGCGCUGAUGGUCAUGGCAUCGCCGUAUAGGAAUAUAGCAUGCAGAACAUCAAGGGGAAUGAGCUCGUAUAGGGGCGGAGGGUCGGUUCAGUCGUUCGUUCUGUCUCUGGCAUAGAUGGGGGAUAUCUACAUUU